GGCCGGCAGCUCCCUCAUUUCUCACCUUCUCUCUCCCUCUCUACUUGGGAAGAUGGAGAAGCAAGGGGCGAAACGGCCGCGUUUAGUGCUGGUUCCAUGUCCGUACCAGGGCCACAUAAACCCGAUGCUCCAGCUGGCGGAUGUGCUCCACCGGAGCGGCUUCUCCAUAACCAUAGCCCACACCUUCCUCAACUCUCUCCACCCUCAUCGUCACCCGCAGUUCACCUUCCUCCGCCUCAACGACGCCCUCUCCCCGGACCACGUGUCGUCCUGGGACCUGGUCUCCGUUCUGCUGGCCCUCAACGAGAACUGCAGAGCCAGCCUGGAGGCCGAGCUGGCGGCCACGGCGGGGGACUCGGAGUCGGAGUCCGGUGCGGUCUUGUGUAUAAUACACGAUGAGCUCAUGUAUUUUUGUGAGGCGGUGGCGAGUCGUUUUGGAGUGAGGAGCGUGGUGUUACGGACCACGAGCGCAGCCACGUGCCUCAGUCGCUUUGCGAUUCUGCAGCUUCACGCGCAGGACCGUCUUCCCCAAAAUCAAGGAUCUUUCUUGGAGGAUGAUAUACCAGAUCUGUAUCCUUUGAGAUUCAAAGACUUGCCACUCUCAGCCACUGCAGAUGUCUUCAAAUUGAAACAACUAAUUCUCAAAAUGUACACCAUAACCACAGCUUCAGCUGUGAUAUGGAACACUAUGCCAUGGCUUGAACCAAAUGAACUCACCCAAAUCCACACAAAACUUUGCAAAAUCCCCAUCUUCACAAUUGCACCAAUUCACAAGAUUGCCUCAACUUCAACUUCAACCCCUGCCUCUUCAAGUUUGCUCCAAGAAGACCCCACUUGCCUGUCAUGGCUUGACAAACAACCUCCCAACUCAGUCAUCUAUGUCAGCUUGGGCAGCCUAGCCCUGUUGACUCAACAAGAGCUAGAGGAAAUGGCUUGGGGAUUGGUCGAUAGCGGGCAACCGUUCUUGUGGGUUAUUCGACCAGGGUGUGUUCGAGGCUCAAAUGGGGUUGGAUCCAUGCCAAAAGGGUUUCAAGAGAAGGUUAGAGAUAGAGGGUGCAUUGUGGAAUGGGCUCCCCAAAAGGAAGUGCUUGCCCACGAAGCUGUUGGUGGGUUCUGGAGCCACUGUGGGUGGAACUCGACACUUGAGAGCUUAAGUGAAGGCGUUCCAAUGUUGUGUAGGCCGUAUUCAGGAGAUCAAAGGGUGAAUGCGAGGUAUAUUAGUUGUGUGUGGAAGACGGGCUUGACUUUGGAAGAUGGGUUGGAGAGGAAGAAAGUAGAAAGAGUUAUUAUAAGAAUGAUGGUGGAAGAAGAGGGAAAGAAGAUGAGGGAAAGAGCCAUGGAUUUGAAAGUGAGAAUUGAAGAUAGUUUGAGGGAGGAUGGGUCUUCCUCUUGUAACUUGAAAGAGCUUGUGGAUUUGUUAAUGUCUUUGUUUUAGGUCAAUAUAAUUGGUCUUUUUUAAUACAACAUGUUGGGGAGGGGACUCGAUCGAACUCACAACCUUUUGGUUGGAGGUAUAUGUCAAUUACCACUGAGUUAUGCUCGUUUUGAUUAGUAAACAGUGAUUAUUAAUAUCAAAUGGAGAGAAAAAAAAUUACAAAUAUUUGAAUAUAGGACAUCUUGCUUUUAA